AUGUGCACUACGGAGCAAAAACCUUUGUUCAGGGACCUCACGGCUGAAGACCCGGAGCCCGAGGUGACCGAGAUUGAAUCCCUGUGCAUGAAUUGUCAGUCAAAUGGCAUGACAAGAUUAUUACUUACACGAAUCCCCCAUUACAAGAAUGUCGUCUUAAUGUCCUUUUCGUGUGAAGAAUGUGGUUUUGAGAAUAAUGAAAUACAACCAGGAGGCGCUUUUGCCGAGUUGGGCGUCAGGUGGAAGCUCCGUGUGGAAGAACCAAGGGAUUUGAAUAGACAAGUUGUCAAAAGUGAUUAUACAAGAGUAUACAUUCCUGAAAUAGAAUUUGAGAUACCUUCACAAAGUCAGAAAGGAGAAGUGACAACAGUAGAGGGUAUAUUGGCUCGAGCUGUUGCGGGAUUAACACAAGACCAAGACACAAGGAGGUUGCAGCAUCCAGAAGCAGCUGUGCAAAUUGAGGCAUUUGUGGAGAAGCUUCAAGCUCUCAAAACCCUUCAUAAGCCAUGGCAUCUAGAGUUGGAGGAUAUUAGUGGCAACACAUUCAUUGAAAAUCCUGAAGCUCCUAAAAAAGAUCAGCGCAGUGAGAGAACGGAUUUCAAGAGGAGCAAAGAACAAGAUCAUUCACUCGGAAUAUUCACAAGGGAGGAGGUCACCAACGGCGAUUCAAAGCCCGGUCUCCCGGGUGCCAUAACACCCGCCGAUCCCAGUCAGGGCUGCUACGAACGUCUUGCGGCUGAUGAGGUUCUCCAGUUCUCUACCAACUGUCCGGACUGCAACGCGCCAGCAGAUACCAAUAUGAAGAUUACUAAAAUACCCCACUUCAAAGAGGUCGUCAUCAUGGCUACGGUUUGCGACGCAUGCGGCCAUCGUACAAAUGAGGUGAAGUCCGGUGGUGGUAUAGAGGAGAAGGGAGUAAGAUUCGAAGUCAGAAUAGCCGGCAAAGAAGACUUCUCUAGGGAUAUUUUAAAAUCGGAAACGUGUAGUAUGAGCAUUCCAGAGUUGGAGGUUGAAGUGGGGGGUAGAGCGUUGGGGGGGAGAUUCACGACGGCCGAGGGGGUGAUUCGGGGGUGUAUAGAACAGUUGGCAGAUGCGCCAGCGCUGCAUGGUGACGCGCCGCUCGAUUCCAAGGGGACGUUGAAAAAAUUCAUAGAGAAAUUAGAAGAAGUUUUAGAGGGAAAACGAGCUAUUACAUUAAUUUUGGACGACCCGGCUGGAAAUUCAUAUGUGCAGAAUUUGAGCGAUGACCCCAAAGUAUAUGACGAUGGUGUCAAAGUCACCCAUUAUGAGCGUUCGUUUGAACAAAAUGAAGAACUAGGUUUAAAUGACAUGAAGACGGAAGGCUAUGAACAAGAUACGCCAUGA